UUUAUGUUCUCGAGUCCUACAGCAUACUCUAUUGUAUGCAAUUUGUAAAGUAACGACAGCAGAACCUAGGGGUUGAAACGUCGCAGCCUCCUCUACGAUCAUUGAGAUUUAAGAUUCGCUUAAGAAUUUCAGGGUGCGGAGACGAAUGCUUUUUAAAAAACAAAACAGCAAAACAAGAUUCAAGAUGUUGCUUGAAAUGAUACUGGCUGCUGUUUUGGGGACCAUUAUCUACUUGUUCCUGACUAAGAAAAAAAGGAAGAUUACUAUGGGAGAUGGAUGGUGGGCUGCAGGACAGAAGCCUGACUCUGAAGAUACAAUGAUACGUCCUUUUAAAGUGGUCACCUCAGAGGAAGAGAUCAAGGAUUUACAUCAAAGACUUGACAAAGCAAGAUUUGUAGAGCAUUAGAGGACAGUUGUUUUCAUUAUGGGUUUUAAUGCAAUUUACCUUAAGAAAAUGUCUUAUUGGAGAAAUGAGUUCAACUGGGAGAAACAAGUGGAAAUUCUCAACCAAUUCCCACAAUUCAAAACAAAGAUUGAAGGAAUCAAUGUCCAUUUUCUUCAUAUAAAACCUCCGCACUUGUCUGAAGGGCAGUCUGCUAAGCCUUUAUUGAUGAUCCAUGGUUGGCCUGGCUCAGUGUAUGAACUGUACAAAAUUAUCCCUCUUUUGACUGACCCUACAAACCAUGGCCUGAAUGGUGACCAUGUUUUGAAUGAUUUGCCCUUCAUCCCUGGCUUUGGCUUUUCAGAGGUCCUCACAAACAAGGUAUCUGGCUUUAAUAUUAUGUGUGCUGACCGUGUCUUCUAUAAGUUAAUGCUCAAAUUGGGCUUUCAUAAAUUCUACAUUCAGGGAGGCGACUAUGGGUGAUAUGCACAAUUUCUGGCUCAGAUUGCUCCGCGCCACGUGAAAGGCAUUUCACUUAAAUGUAGUAUUCCGACCACUAUCAGCUUCAAGCAGAAACUCUCCAUUCUACUGGGACAAUAUUUCCCAAGACUAUUUGGCUUCCAGGCAGAAGAUAUUAAACAGAUCUUUCCUUUCAAAAAAAUGAUCUCUAAACUUAUUCUGGAGUCUGGCUAUAUGCACCUUCAAGCUACAAAGCCAGACACUGUAGGCUGUGGCUUGUAUGACUCUCCUGUGGGAUUGGCUGCAUACAUCUUGGAGAAGUUUUCUACAUGGACUGAUCGCAGUUUUAAAAAACUAGAAGAUGGCGGAUUAGAAAAGAAGUUCACUCUGGAUGACCUUCUCACAAAUGUGAUGAUCUAUUGGACUUCAGGUUGUGUGGUUUCUUCAAUGCGCUUCUACAAAGAACUUUUGGGGAAGGGUAUUGGCGUAGAAAAACAUGACACGUUCCCUGUGGAAGUUCCCACAGGAAUUGCUGUAUUUCCCAAAGAAAUGAUGUACAUUCCUCGUUCAUGGGCUCAAAAGAAAUAUCUUAACAUCAUUUCAUUCAACUUCAUGCCUCAAGGAGGUCAUUUUGCAGCUUUUGAGGAACCAAAGCUCCUUGCAGCAGACAUCAUACAGUUUGUAGAUAAAGUAGAAAAAGCCGCCUUUGUCCAAUGAAGAAGAAGAAAGGUUUUGAUGGGGUGAUGGGAAUAGUUUUACCUUCAGUGCAGGAUUAUUGAGAUUAAAUAUGGGAAAAUGUGAUUUGGGUUAAACUAUUACCAAUUGUUCUUAGAUACUUUGUAGCUCUGUUUUUUCUUAUGCAAGUUGAUGAAAAUCAGAUCGUCCAUUCAAGCUGAACCCAUGAUGAGCUAGUACAAUGCUAUGACUGAAUGACUGAACUGCUAAUGAAGACUUUGCCUUAUUUUUUUUUGCAUCAUUAUUGUACAUCACCCAUCUAAAUGGGCUAGUUAAAUAGUAAGAGGACAAAUCCUUGCUAACAAUCUAGAAACAGACACAAAAGAGAAAGCAGAACAAGUGAAAGGAAAUCUCAUUUGUAUGAGCUCACUGAGUAGCUCUUCCGUAGUCACUCUUCCCUCUUUUUUUAAACUCUUGAAACAGAGGGAUGAUAACACUGGCCUGGAUAUGCAAAAUACAGCAUUCCAGGAGCACAUAUUUCAGCAUGAGCAGGGGUAUCAAGAGGGUGUCAAAAAAUAUCAAGGUGGCAGGCAUGACUAUACAGUCAAAAUCCCAUUGCUUUUUAAUGCAUGAGUGAUGCACGUUAAGGGUCAAGUCUUUGACUGUGCAGUCACACCUGCCAUUAUGACUUUUUUGAGCUCUCAUUGGAUGCCCCUCCUCUAAGCCACACUUAUGGCCUGCCUGCACUGUGCUCUCAAAAGGUAGGCAGGGGCUGAGCAAAGUUGUUGAACUUAAAACUUUAUGUAGAUAAAUAAAAUACAGUUAAUAUAAUUAUUUCUCUUGUAAUUCCUAAUAAUUUCUCUUGUCACAUUAAUAAAUCAUAAUUUAGCUGGAUCUGUUAAAAGGAAUUGCAUGAUGUACAUCCUUGCUUUGCAUAAAACACUAAGAACAAUUAAGGUUGUUAAACCAAUUGUCUGAUACUUUUGUCAGUUAUUUAAAGUGCCUCCCAGCUGAUAAACGGAAGGCAUGAAAGACUGAUGAAAUAACUCUCAUAUCCUCAGCUUUGAUUUAAUUAUUCUGUGCUUUGUCAAAAAUUAUAUGAACUGAAAGCCAACAAGAUACGUUUGUGCAUUUUUAAAGGCAUAUAAAAUCAAUCUUAUGAUCCACAGUUUCACUUCUGGCCCCAGAAUAAAUUAUUCAAAUGAAUGUAAAUUGUGUUUACUGACUUCGGGGGAUAAAUUACAUCUCUCUGAAACAAUUCUGACCUCCAAGAGAAGGUUUUCAAUGGUUAUUUUAAAAAAUACAUGAUGGAAGAGGGCAAUGACAAACCACUUUUUCACUGUUAUCCAAAAAAUUGAAGCCUGAUAUCACCAGGAGUUGAGGUUUUUUUUUUUUUUUAAAGUCAAAGAUAGAGGCAGUGAAGAAUGAGCUUAGUAGAGAAUGGAGGAACUAAAAGGGUGAUUGUAAGGAUGGAGUAGUGGAAUUGUAUAAUACUCAAAGCUUUAAAAAUAUUUUUCAGUCUCAAACCAUAUCUUCUAGAAUUUCUGUCGUGCUUCUGACAGAGAUCAAAUGCUACCAAAGUAUUUCUGAUUUUAUGUUAAUUGAUGAGUGCUGCUCACUGUUCACACAUGUAUCUUUUUGUUUAGAAUUCAAUUAUUUUACGGAGCACCUCUGACUUAGGCUAUUUAGUCAUCAAAUGCAGCCGAUAUAGCCUUUUGCUGACUGACUUGGAUCUCAUUUAUUUUUCACUAGUCAGGAGCAUUGCCCAAUUACAAUUCCACUCAGAAAGCUCCCCAGUAGGAAAGUGUAUCUUACUAGCACCUUCACACAUUUCCAAAAGUUCUUCAAACAAUAAAACAGAUUUGAUGAUAAUAUGGGGAAUUGAAGGAUGAGGGAAGAAUCAGUGCAGGCCAUUGUGUUAUUACAGUUAGAGUGUAUAUUGAAAUAUACUAGCUAAAACAAAGAAAUGGCAGAAGAAGCUAUCAGUCUCCAAAUCAGUUUGUUAGCUUCCUGAAUAUAUUUGUUCCUUUCUCACAGUAAAAAGAAAGAAAACUUCUGCCAUUUAAAUCCAUAUUUAAAAUUCACUCUAAAGAUUGGAAAAAAUUAAGACAAUAUUUGCCUUCAAAUUUAUACUCCACAGCCCACUAUCAUAUAGAAUAUUUUCUACAGUUAUGCUUUAAAAAUAAAUGCCAAUGUUUUGACUAAUGAGCAGAUUUUGCAAAUGUAAUAGUUGCAUUCCUUCAUAAAAUAUGUAGUUAAUUGAGUAAGUCCAAUUGAAAAUUUCAGAAAAUAGUGUAUGUCUACUUUUUAAAAUAGAAAAUGAAUCUCAUAAACAUUUUUAUAAAGCGAGAGGGUCCCUUAAAAAUCUUAAAUAUUUCAGGAAGGAUUGUGCGAAUUUGAUCUUCAUGAAUUUUAUUGCAACAUUCUGUACAAUUGUAUUUCUUUUAAAACUAUUUCAAUAAAUCAUCAAGAAUUAACUAUG